AUGCGGUGCGGCACGCCGGGUGGGCGGCCCACCACUCCAAUACCGCGGAAGCCCCGGCCGCCACUGCUGUUGCACUCACGCAAAAAUGAGGCUUCUCCUGUUCCACAGCGGCGGAGCUCCGUCACAUGUGGCGCAGUAUCGCCAACGAAGGCGGUCGUGUUCAAGCGGAUUCAUCAGCCGGUGGUGGAGAGCGCGGCGCUGCCAGAAGACACCCUUCGCGCACUCCGCCACACACGCAGCCUGUUCCUUUGCUGCCGUGACCUCCUCUCCUUUAGCCACAUCCGCUACCUAGAGCAUAUGACGCAAAUUUCCUCUCUGAACGUUCAUAUGAACUCUAUUUCCCGCAUAGAGUGCCUGGGCCAUUUGCAGCACCUCACAGAGCUUGACGUCAGCGCCAACGAGUUGCGGGCCGUGGAUGAAGAUGCGUUCAAAGGGCUGCACCAGCUGAAACGUCUCAACCUGUCGAGCAACUUUUUGACAACCGUCAGCGGCUUCCAGCACCUUCCGGCACUGGAGUGGCUUUCACUUAGUUUCAACGAGCUCCAGAGUGUGCAGGGACUGCGACGGCUGCCGUGUCCGCAGGAGCUUCUCCACUUGGAUAUUUGCGGGAACAGAAUAGCGACAUUAGCAGAGCUGGAGGAUUCACUGGAAAACUGCCGGUGCCUUCAAGACCUUCGCGUGGAAACACCAAAGGCGGCGUUGGUAUUGCCGACGAUGCCACCACAACUUCAGCUGCGGGAAAAUCCUUUUUGCGCCGCGGAACCGAACUACGCAGAGCGGCUUCUGCAGCGGAUGCAACGACUAGUCCUUUUGAACGGCGUGCCGUGUGGCUGCGAUCCCACCGCGGACGCACUCCAAAGGCGCCACACCGCAUCAGCCAGCCGCGACGAAUCGCUUGAGCGCCGUCCUCUUGACUUCACGUCGUCCAUCGUCAUUACCGCCCCGCACGUGGCUCCGUGCAAGGAUGUAUUGGUAAACACAUACGCUAUAGAUGAAAGCGUGGCGUGCGCAGCGAGCUCCACCACUGGCGCCAGCAGCAGCAGCAACAACACCAGCGGCGCCUGUCCUUCUUCUCCGCAGUGGCGCGAAAAGCACGUCUCGCGUGGUGUUGUCACAGAGGUGUCGAUCCCCCCAUACAAGGAGCUUCUUCACGUGGCGGGCGUCGAGGAGGCGGUGAGACAGAAAGAGCUACAGGCCAAGGAUGAGCUUAUUGAGCACCUCGAAUUGAAGUUCAUGCGAGCGCAAGAGCAGUUGGCGCUCCGUGCGGCACUGGAAGAGGACCUGCGCCGUAAUUUCGAGGAUGUGCGUCAGACUCACGCCACUCUUCUGGAGACUUCUGCAGAGGAAAAGAAGCGACUGUGUCGGCAGGUGGCAGCAUUGAAAGAUGAGCUCUCGCGUCGCUCAGAAGAGGCUGCUAUCCUUCAGCGAAGGAAUCGAGUGGAACUUGAAGAACAGACCAACGCACUGCGGGCAGAACUGGUGCGGCAGAAGAAGGAAACUGCUGCUGCGGUGCGGCGCAUGGGCGACGAGGUCUCGCGGGCGCGCAAGACGGCGCAUGAGCGGGUGACGGAGCUAGACACAAAGCUUCAUGAUGCCGUCCGACAGAAUGAGUGGUUGGAGCAGCAAAAUGAAAAGGCAGAGGCCUACGUAAAUAAGUGGAAGAGUGAGUCGCAGAGCGAAAGGGCUGCGCUGCUGGCGUGUGAGAGACGGCUUCACCUGUUUGGGGAGCAGCACCACCUGCAGUUAGAAGAGUUGGCAGCGCGGCGUCAGUUGGAGUCCGUGGCGUGUAGCAACAUUCUUGCCGCCGCCGCUGUGCAUAUCGGUGUGCUGCGUCGCGAGGGCGACUCGUUGCAUCUUCGCUGGCGCAAUCACCAGCGAGCCUGGGAGGAGUACACUGCCGCCCUGCAGCAGCACUAUCAGGAGGCGCUGCUGAAGCUGCAAAUGGUGCAGAUGGCGCCCCCGGUGCGUGUGGACGUCGGCUGUGACCCCAUUGACGCGCACGCCCAUUGCGCGGAGGAGGCGGAAGUGCAGCGGCUGCAGACUGCGCUGUCGGUUGCCCAGCAGUCGGAGCAGCUGCUCUCCCGCGAGAAUGAUCGGCUGUUGGUGUGCGUGGGCAACAAGGAGCGCGAGCUGGCCGAGGCGGCGCAGCAAUUGCAGGAGUCGGAGGGGGCGGCGCGGACGGUGAGGGAAGCCCUGGAGCGCGAGCGCGACAACCUCGUCCGCACGCUCCACAACCUGCGCGGGUCGAUUGAAAAGAAAAAUGCGGCGUUCGAUGAACUGGAGGCCGAGGCAAAGCUAAAGAUCGACGAAAAGCGGUCCAUCAUCGCCCGACUGGAGGCGCGCCUCGAUGACGAAGAAGACGCGGCGGCUAAGAAACUUCGGCGCGCGGAGGAGGAUCUGNGGCGCCUCAAGACGGAGCUACACGCUGCCCAGCAGGCACGAGCCGAAGAGACGUCACCGUCCCAACCACAGCAACAUCAGCUGACGGAGCUACUGAGUGCGCUUGAGGACUCCAAGCAAAAGCUCGCCGCUUCUAUGGUGCGUGAACACCAGCAGUCCCUAAAGCUGGGUCGUGCUGCAGAAGCCUUGUCACUUCUCCGCGGCCAGCUGGCACGCGUUGAUGAGGCGAACUCGCGUCUGACGAAGGUGAUCAGUGAGAAAGAGGCUGCACUGUGCAGCGCAGAGACAGAGCGGCGCCAGCUACAGGCUCAGUGGCAGGAGGCGCAGGAGGCCACGCGUGUGCGGCAGCGUGCGACGUUGCAGGCGUUAUCGCAGAUCAUGAUGGACGGCAACGACGGUGAAGCGUGA